AUGCGCUUAGAAGGUUCUUCAAGCUCGCGAAGAUAUUGUAAAACUGAAAAAGACGAAGAUGAAGAACUUUUAAAGGAUGAAGCUGAUGAAUCAAAUAAAAUCAUUUCUUUCGUUGAGUCUCCAAGUUACAUAAAAAAUGGUGUAAUGCGUGAUUAUCAAAUCCAAGGGCUUAAUUGGUUAAUUUCACUUUAUGAAAAUCAAUUAAAUGGCAUUUUGGCGGAUGAAAUGGGUCUUGGAAAAACUUUACAGACGAUAUCAUUUUUAGGUUAUUUGAAAUAUUUUCGUGAUGUAUCUGGCCCACAUUUAAUAAUUGCUCCAAAAUCCACUUUAAACAACUGGCAAAAAGAAUUCAAUGCCUGGAUACCUGAUUUCAAUGUUCUUGUCUUCCAUGGAAAUAAAGAUGAAAGAGCAAAAAUAAAAGUAGAAAAAUUAGUCCCGCUAGAUUUUCAAGUGUGCAUAACAUCUUAUGAAAUGUGUUUGAUUGAAAAAUCAGCUCUUAAAAAAUUUGAAUUCAAGUACAUAGUGAUUGAUGAAGCCCAACGCAUUAAAAAUGAAAAUUCAUUGCUCUCCAAAAUAGUUAGAAUAUUCCAAUCAAAAAAUCGUCUGUUGAUAACAGGAACUCCUUUACAAAAUAAUCUUCACGAGUUGUGGUCUCUCUUAAAUUUUCUUUUACCUGAUUUAUUCAAUUCCUCAGAAGAUUUUGAUUCUUGGUUUGAAUCUCAAGAUGGAGAUCAAGAUAAAGUUGUUCAACAACUACACAAGAUUUUACGACCUUUCUUACUACGUAGAAUAAAAUCUGAUGUUGAGAAGUCCUUACUUCCAAAAAAAGAAAUAAACAUAUAUGUGGGUAUGUCAGCAAUGCAAAAAAAAUUGUAUCAAUGCAUCUUGGAAAAAGACAUCGCUGCUGUUAAUGGUGCAUUGGGUAAAGGUGAAAGCAAAACACGUUUGUUGAACAUUGUGAUGCAACUUAGGAAAUGUUGUAAUCACCCAUAUUUAUUUGAUGGAGCUGAACCUGGACCUCCAUAUACAAAUGAUAUACAUAUCGUUGAGAAUUCAGGAAAAUUGGCUGUAUUGGAUAAGCUUCUCAAACGAUUAAAGGCUCAAGAUCUAACUGUAUGUUAUGAUUCAAUUUAUGAACAAUUAUUAGAAUAUUGUCGAAUUGAUGGUCAAACUCAAACGGAGGAUCGAAUAGAUUCGAUUGAUGAAUUCAAUGCUCCUGGAAGCGAUAAAUUUAUUUUCCUUUUAACAACACGUGCUGGUGGUCUUGGAAUCAAUCUUACAGCGGCUGAUAUCGUAAUAAUAUUUGAUAGUGAUUGGAAUCCACAAGUUGAUUUACAAGCACAAGAUCGUGCUCAUCGUAUUGGUCAAACAAAACAAGUUUAUGUGUUUCGUUUUGUAACUGAUAAUUCAAUCGAAGAAAAAGUUCUUGAAAGAGCAGCACAAAAACUAAGAUUAGAUCAACUUGUUAUUCAACAAGGACGAACAAGUCACGCACAAAAAAAUGCUACCAAGGAAGAACUUUUAUCAAUGAUCCAACAUGGUGCCGAGAAAAUUUUUAGUUCGGCUGAUAGCACUGUCGGUGACGAUGACAUUGAUAUUAUUUUGCGUAAAGGUGAAGAAAAAACAGCUGAACUUAAUCAGAAAUUUCAAAAUCUUGGAUUAGAUGAUUUGCAAAAGUUUACAUCUGAUUCAGGUUCAUCUUAUGAAUGGCAAGGAGAGAAUUGGGCAAAUAAGCGUAAAGGAGAAACUUCACGAAGUUUCAAUUGGAUAGAACCACCAAAACGUGAACGUAAAGCCAAUUAUGCAAUAGAUUCAUAUUAUAGAGAAGCUUUAAGAGUAAAUUCAAAACCUGCUCAACCAAAGGUUCCAAAAGUGUCAAGGCAAAUUACUUUUUUAGAGUUUCAAUUUUAUCCUCCACAUUUAAUUGAAUUAUUGAAAAAAGAGAAUUAUCAUCAACAUAAAUUAGUAAGUUUCAAGAUCCCAUUAACAGAACCUUCAUCUCAAAGUGAUAAUCCUGAAUUAAGGGAAAAAGAACGUCUAGAAGAACAGAAUAAAAUUGAUAAUGCUGAACCUUUAACUGAAAUUGAAGAGGCUGAAAAAAAAUCAUUAAUGAAAAUAGCAUUUGAAGGUUGGAAUAAACGUGAUUUCAAUCUCUUUAUAACUGCUUCAGCUAAAUAUGGGAGAACUGCUGUUGAAGAGAUAGCUAAAGAGGUGGAAAAAUCUUUAACUGAUGUUGAGAAAUAUGCUAAAGUAUUUUGGGAGCGAUAUAAAGAAUUACCUAACUAUGAAGAAUUGAUUGCAAAGAUUGAAAGAGGUGAACAAAAAAUACAACAAACUCAAGAGAUACAAGGACUGAUCAAAUCAAAAGUAGCGCAAUAUAAAUACCCUGGUUACGAUAUACAAUCAUCAGGUCAAAACAAAGGCAAGUCAUUAUUCACUGAUGAAGAAGAUCAAUAUUUGUUAAUAACACUAGCAAAACAUGAAUAUGGAACUGAAGAUGUUUAUGAGAAGAUACGAAAUGAAAUUGAGAAUGAUGAAUCUUUUCGAUUUAAUUGGUUUAUUAAAUCAAGAACUGCUAGUGAAUUAAAUAGACGCUGUACCGCACUUAUAAACAUGAUACAGAAAGAACAAAUUGAUGAUGAUGGCAGUAGUGGUAAUGAAGGGAGAAAUAAAAAUGAUUUAAAACGAAAAAAUGAUUCACCACAAACCAAUGGAAACAUAAAUAAUAAGCGUAGUAGACAAAUUUAUUCUAUGCCAUUUGAUAUAGAUAAAUGGGAUUAUGAUCAAUUCAACAAUCCAAAUAAAUUCCAAUGGAUAAUUGGCACCACUCCAUUUUCAAACUGGCAGACUUUGAUGUCAUCAUCAUCUCCAUUCUCUUUACCUAAUAUAACAGCAUUACAUAAUUUAGUUUUAUGUUUAUUAUCUGCUUUUAUGUUUGUUGGUGCUGCUUUUGAUUUUAUUAACAGAUGGAAGGAAUAUGGAAUUUCAGAAUGUUUUUGUACUUCAAAUGAUAAUCUAUUAAAAGGAAGACUGUUAUACAUAACUUAUAUUUACUAUUUAUCAAAAUACCUUGAAUUAAUGGAUACAGUUAUUCUAGUACUAAAAAAA